AUAGCAGGUGCUGGACUGGACAGGCUUCCCAGCUGGCCUUGCCCUACGCCCAUGAACUCUUAGCCCAUGCACGCCAGAGGGCACCACUUACCAGGUCCUUCUGUUCGGAGUCUUUGGCCAACACUUGCCUUAGCAAGGGCCUCCGUUGGAUGUGUGUACCCCCCUUUCCAAGGACAAUGGCCCAGAUUCAUCCCUUGGCACUCGGGCCAGGACCAGGCUGGUUUCUGCCACUGGUGCCCUUUCCUGGAUUUGGCUUUCCCUCCUGUAGUGAGGACAGACCCUCAGCUUCAUUGGGUUGGGGUAGAAGAAAACAAGGCCCUCGGCUCAGGGCAGUCCCUGGAGAGUGGUCCCAACGCCCAGGCAGACCUGCCCAAGCACUCCUGCCAGCCAAGGCAGAACCACCUCCUGCAGGAGUGCUCAGCUGCUGCGUGCUCUGCAGGAGCAGCAGGCCCCAGCUGGCACACUGUUUAGGAAGCCGAGUGAACAGGCAGUAGGAGCUGGAAUCAAGUUUAUUUCCAGUGAGGUGGGGUUGGAGGAUGUGGCUUGGACUCCUGCCAGUGUGGCCUUCAUGCCCCUCCCUCAGACUCUCCUUGUCAGCCACAGAGUAAGUGUCCCCAGGGCUUGCCUUGCAGCUCUACUGACUGGCAUGGAGCUCUGGGGUAGGGAACAGACUGCUUACUGGCAGGGGAACCCUGGGAGGGAGUACGAGAGGGAGGCCAGGUGCUGGGAGGAAAAGACUAGCAGGUUCACCGAGGUGCUUAGCAUACUGAAGUGAGGCCUGACAGUGCAGGGAGGUGUCCAGCUGUGUGGUCUUGCAAUUCUAUCUAUCCAGGUGAGUGACCUGGGCUCCCAAACCAGGACACUGCCCACCUGGCCUCAGAGGGAGGAGUCGCAGUGGCAGCUCAUUAAAGCAGCAGGCAGAGGCUCCACGGCCAGUUCUUUCAGCGUACAGGCAUUUGGGCCUUGGUGGCGGAAAACUUGAUUAGCAGCUCAAUGCGGAGGCCACCACGCUGCCAAGGCUCCGUUCGCAAGGCUGGAUUAAAUCGCCCGGAGAUGAAAACACCUGAGAAGGCCGGGGAGCUGGCGGAGCGCUGUCACUCCGAGGGCCGGGGUCCCGCUCCCCUCGCAGUCCGGCCUCGGCACACGCUUCAGCCACCGCGCAGCAAGCUUGCGGGGUGAACGGUGAAGCCUCGGGAGGGCCAGGGUCCCGCGGCCGAAGUGAGCACGUCCUGAGAUCAGUCCAUCACCCCGCACCCCUGAGCGGCCAGGUCAUUUGAGGGCCAGGAAGGGUGCGCAGCGGGCCGCUCGCACCUCAGCCCUGCGCUGGGCUCGGGUGGCAGCAACGGCCGCCAGGUCUGCCCAUUACGGCUCUUUCCCCACCGCCAGCGGCACAGGCCAGGUCCGGACGACGAAGGCUCUUCCUGCGCACUCGCAGUGCAUGCUGGGAUCUGUAGUCCGCGUCAAGGCCUCGGUCACCUUUGUUCUCUCAGUCCCAAGAGGUCGCGAGUCCCAGCCUGGACGACCGGCCCGAGCGAGGUCAGCCCCAGGACAAGAUGCCCGACAGCUUUCUGGGCGUGAGCCUCAGUAGGAACGGCUCCGCCUCCGACAGACCCCGGAAGGAGAAGAUGGGAGCCCGGGGCGUCGACGCUGCAAGCGGGUCUGCCGAGCCGCCGUCGCCAGAGCUCUUCCGCGACGCCGCCUUCCCGGCCUCGGACGCCUCGCUCUUCUUCAACUUGUCCACUCCGCUGGCCCAGUUCCGGGAGGACUUCACAUGGCGGCGGCCGCAGGAGCUCUGUGUUUCCCCCCGGCUCUUUCCCAAGAGCCCCCAGGAGGGGCAGGUGAAGCAGGGGCUGCUGGGGGACUGCUGGUUCCUGUGCGCCUGCGCGGCCCUGCAGAAGAGCCGGCGCCUCCUAGAGCAGGUCAUCCCCCCAGGACAGCCGAGCUGGUUGGAACCUGCGUACCGGGGCUGCUUCACCUGCCGUGUGUGGCAGUAUGGACACUGGGUGGACAUCACGGUGGAUGACCGUCUGCCAUGCCUCGCUGGGCGACUCUGCUUCUCCCGCUGCCAGAGCGAGGACGUGUUCUGGCUCCCCCUGCUGGAGAAGGCCUACGCCAAGGUCCAUGGGUGCUACGAGCUCCUGUGGGCAGGGCAGGUGGCAGACGCCCUGGUGGACCUGACUGGUGGCCUGGCAGAACGGUGGACCCUGAAGGACUUCACAAGGACCAGUGCCCCCCUGGACGGAACGGGUGGCCGGGGACACAGGACCCUGCGGCAGCUGCUCCCCCUGAAGGACCGGUGCCUGCUGAGCUGCUCAGUACUCAGCCCCAGAGCAGGUGCCCAGGAGCUGGGGGAGUUCCACGCCUUCGUCGUCUCAGACCUCCGGGAGCUGCGCACACAGGCUGGCGGCGAUGUCCUGCUGCUCCGUGUGCACAACCCCUGGGGCCGGCGCUGCUGGCAGGGGCCCUGGCGAGAGGGGGGCACAGGGUGGAGACGGGUGCAGGCGGCCGAGGCAGCCGACCUCCUGGCCCAGCUGCAGGACGGGGAGUUCUGGGUAGACGAGGAGGAGUUUGUCCGAGAGUUUGACGAGCUCACCAUUGGCUUCCCCAUAUCCGAGGACGGCUACCUGCAGAGCCUCCACUCAGGCCGGACACUGUGCCACACCCAGGCACUACCCGGGGCCUGGGUCAGAGGGGAGUCAGCCGGAGGGUGCCGGAACCACAGCAGCUUUCCCAGCAACCCCAAGUUCUGGCUGCACGUCUGGGAACCCAGCGAGGUGUGCCUGGCUGUCCUGCAGAGGCCCCGGGGACGCCCGGGGAACAGCCGAGCCACACGGGGCCCAGCCAGCCUCCCGGGCAAGGACCUGCAGGCCCUGGGCCUUCAUGUUUGGAAGGUGGACAAGCGGCGGGUCAGCCUUCCCCGGGUCCUGUCGACACCCCCCGCUGCGGGCACUGCCUGUCACGCAUACGACCGGGAGGUCCUCAUUCAUUGUGAGCUCUCACCUGGGUACUACCUGGCCGUGCCCAGCACCUUUCUCAGGGAAGCACCUGGCCAGUUUCUGCUGCGUGCCUUCUCCUCUGGGAAGGUGGCCCUGAGUGCCAUCAAGCCAGUGCCCAGGAGCCCGACCCCCGGGGGUGCCCUCUCUGCGGGGGAGUGGGAGACCGUGCAGCUGCAGGGCCAUUGGUGGGCCGGACAGACAGCGGGCGGCAGCAGGAACUUCCCCUCCUACGGCAGCAACCCCCGCUUGUCCUUCUCUGUGCCCAGCGGCGGCGGCGGCGGCGGGGACACCCCCUGCUGCAUCCGCAUCACACUGCACCAGCACUGCCUGGACGGUGCUUGCCACGCCAUCGGCUUCCACAUCUACCAGGUUCCAGAGGGCUGCAGGGGUCCGGGCGCACCCUCCCCUCUGCACCAGGAGCCAGUGUCCAGCUGCGUGCCCCACCGCCAUGCUCUGGAGGUGAGCCAGCUCUGCCGCCUGCCUGCGGGCACCUACACACUGGUCCCCUCCACCUACCUGCCAGACAAGGAGGCAGCCUUCACUGUCACCAUAGCAACCAGGAUCGACAGGCGGUCCCUGCAGAGUCGGGAGAGCCUGGGGCAGCUCCUUCAAGAGGCCUCCUUCACGGCCAUCAUGCAGACUUGAAGGAAGGCCUGCAUGUCUGCUCUGGUGACCAGCCUCCUGUGGCCCUCCACGGUACCCCCACCUCGCUCUGCAGUCAGGGACUGGGCAAUCAGGACCUGCGAGAGAGACCGACAGCCCAGCACAGAGCCCCCAGCCCUGGGGCCUGACCCUCGUGUGGGCCCGAGGCUCUGAGGACCAGAGGAGGGCGCCCUGAGAUCAGCGUCUAAUGUCCAGUUGUUUAGAAUCAGGAAUGUUUGUACGAGAGGAUUUUCUAAAUAAACCAGUGGACACUGCA